CGAGAUGGCUUGGCCGUGCAUCAGCCGGGCGUGUUGCAUCGCCCGUUUCUGGAACCAGCUGGACAAAGCCGACAUCGCCGUGCCUUUGGUCUUCACCAAGUACUCCGAAGCCACCGAGCUACCUGGCACUCAGGUGGUCUUCCAGCAGCAGCAGCAGCAGCAGCCGGCUCGCCCUUUGCCCUCGGCCAUCGACACCCAGCCCUCGGCUGCCCUCGGCGGCGACUCCCAUGCCCUCGACAGGCCUGCCGCCGGGGCCGUGGACCAUGGGCCGGCGGCCCCGCCGGGUCCUCGCGGAGGGCCCGCCCAGCCCAAAGAAGCACCCUCCGAGUCGGUGAUGCGAGAAGAUUUCAAAGCUUGGAAGGUGCAGCGGCCGGAGCCGAGUUGCAAGCCCAAAAGCGACUACCAGCCUUCCGAACAGCCCUUUAAUAAUCAGAGCCAGUACCAGAAGGACUUCCGCCCUUGGCCCAUCGCCAAGCGAGGGGACCACCCUUGGAUCCCCAAACAGAUGGCCAUCCCGGCCGUCGAGCUGGACAAAGGAACCAAGGAACGGUCGAGCAGCUGGGAGAGGAGAAGCCGGUCUCAGAUAGGCCUCGACCGGUUGGAGCAAAAGAAGGAGGAGGCCACCACCACCGCCGCCGCGGCCAAGACCGCCUCGGAAGAACGGUCAAGCAAGGCCAAAAAGAAAGCCCAGCUACCCGAAGACCAAGCUCGGCCUCCCCAACAGCAGCCGGGACCUUCGGGGACCCAGGAAGGCGGGAAAGGACGAGCGGUGGUCGAUGCCCUCAACCGACAGAUCAAGGAGGAAGUUACGGCCAGGGUGACCACCUCCUCUUACAGAAAUGAAUUUCGGCCGUGGACGGACAUCAGACCGGUGAGAGCUGUCAAAGCCAAAUCCCAAUACGAGCCUCCAGACGAGAAAAUCAGUCACCAGACAAGCUACAGUACCCAGUUCACUGUCGAAGGAGCAAAGCUCGGCCCGCCAGAUAACAAAUACCUAGAGCGCCGAAGGAUACGCACUCUCUAUAAAGAGCCCCUGAAAGAAUCUCCAAAGGUGGAGAAGCCCAGCCCUCAGCCUUCUAAGCCAAAAAAGACGACCCCAAGCCAUAAAUCUGUGAAAAAGCCCAAAGAUAAGCAGAUGGCGUCUAGCAGGGCAUCGAAAAAGAAGAGCCCAGAGACUCCCAGUAGAACAGCUACGGCCGAGGACAAGGAGAAAAGUAAAGAAAUUAACAAUAAGUUGGCCGAAGCUAAAGAGUGAUUCACUGCAGUUACUUGCUGUUUUUUCCUGUCUCUCUCUCUGUUUAUUUCUCCUUCUUCCCUUCCUCCUUUCCUUCCUUCUCUACACUCUUCUUCUUUCCUUCCUUCCCUUCCUUUCUUCUCCUUUCCUGUCCCCUCCUUCCUUCCUUCCUUCCCCGCUCCCCUUCCUCUCUUCACACUCUCUUCCCUUUUUCCUUCUUUUCCUCUCUCCUUCCUUCCUUCCUUCUACACUCUUCCUUCCGUCUUCCUUCCCUUCCUUUCUUCUCCUCUCCUCUCCUGUCCUUCCUUCCUUCCUUCCCCCUCCCUUCCCCUCCCUUUCUUCUCCAUACUCUCUUCCCUUCUUCCCUCCCCUCCUUCCCUUCCUCUCUCUCUCUCCCUUCCUUCCCCUUUCCUUUCUUCUUCCUUCCUUCCAUCCUUCCUUCCCCCCUCCCGUUCUUCUCUUCUCCAAACUCCCUUCCCUUCCCUUCCCUUCCUUCCUUCCUUCCGUCCUUCCUCCCUUCCUCCCUUCCUCCCUUCCCACAAAAUUAAUUAGAGACUUCUAAAUCAGCUUAUGCUCUGGCUGUAUUAGAAGCUCAUUCCGUGUUGGGUUUUUAAGGAGAUUAAAAACCUCCUUUAAGCAUGUGAGGAGGGAAUAGCGCACUUCUCUAAACGUGCACGAGGAUUUUAAGCAGAAAGGUGGGAGCGGAG